AUGGAAGCUGCAUGUGUGGUGCCAUCGCCUAUACCUCCAGCUUGGACCGGCAGUGCAUUCACAUCCAACGUUAUUGUUCCGAGAGAUUCUUUCAAGGUCACUAAAGGAACUCCGCGAUCAUAUGAUGUCACGGGCGACAGUGGUAAGAUCAACAAGCACUUCUUCUGCGGUGAUUGCGGAUCGAGCCUCUAUUCGGAGCUGGAGAUCAUGAGCGACAAGACGGGGAUCAAGGCCGGCACGCUUGACGGUGGAGAGGCACACCUGCGCAACAAGGUCGACGUCGAGUUCUAUGUCAAAGACCGUGUGCAUUACCUGAAUGCUCUCGACAAUGCGAAGCAGGAGCCUCGUCUCGGCUAUAUCGACCCAAAUCUUACCCGGUCGGAUCUCCUGGUUCUGCAGACUCUGCUCUCGGACAUCCAGGCACAAUCAUCCGGCCCGAAACAAACCCUCAAAUAUGUCCCAUCCCAACAAAAUUCGCAAUACAAGUCUGUCCCCGAGCAAUUAGAAGCCUUCAACAAUCCUCAGCAUGUUGACUUUGAGCCUACCGUCACCAUGACCUGGGAGAUUGCUGAUCUCAGGGCCAAACUUCCCUCUGCUGUUGACCAAUGGCUCCUCCAGCCGUACAUCCAGCUUGGACGAAGGGUUGUCCGGGUGGAAACCGACGUGGUGAUGCUCACGCAUCUCAUCUUGUAUUUUACCACAUCCGUCCCAAGUGCAGUCUACCUGUACUAUCACUUCACCUGGCUCCAUGGCGUCCUACAUUGGAUCAUGCAGUCGUACUAUGUGGGAACCUACACGCUCAUGAUGCACCAGCACAUCCACAUGGGCGGGAUUCUGGCCAAGCGAUUCUGGCUGUUUGACUCGCUCUUUCCCUACAUCACGAAUCCUCUCAUGGGACAUACGUGGAACUCGUACUACUACCAUCACGUCAAGCAUCAUCACGUCGAGGGUAAUGGGCCUGAUGAUUUAUCCUCGACAGUCAGAUACCAACGUGACGAGAUGUAUGACUUCCUGUGCUAUGUGGGCCGAUUUCUUUUCCUCGUAUGGUUUGAGCUCCCGCGCUACUUCUUCCGAAAAGGCCAGUUCUUCCAAGGUCUCAAGGCGGGUUUCUGGGAGAUAGGGAACUACCUCUUCAUCUACGCAAUGUAUCGCUUUGUAAACGCUCGGGCAACUCUCUUCGUCUUCAUCCUUCCCUUGUUUCUCCUCAGAUUGGGUUUGAUGGUCGGCAACUGGGGGCAGCACGCCUUCGUCGACGAGACGGACCCCAACUCGGAUUUCAGAUCCAGUAUCACUCUGAUCGAUGUUCCGAGUAACCGCUUCUGCUUCAACGACGGCUACCACACCUCUCACCAUCUUAAUCCCCGCCGCCACUGGCGCGAGCACCCCGUGGCUUUUCUCAAGCAAAGGGACCGCUACGCGAGCGAGCAUGCGCUCGUAUUCCGCAAUAUCGACUAUCUCAUGAUCACCUACCGGCUCAUCCGGAAGGACUAUAUGCAUCUGGCCAAAUGUCUAGUCCCGAUGGGCGACCAGAUUCCGAUGUCGCUCGAGGAGAGAGCGGCUAUGCUGGAGACCAAGACGAGGAAGUUUACCGAGGCGGAAAUUGCGAGGAAAUUCGGGAUGAGUCGGUCGCAAUCUUGA